AUGCCGGCCCAUCCAUGGCAGACAGAGUCCUUCACGAAUCUGGCACCUUGGUACUCGGUUGGAGAGGCAAUGCACCAGGGUGCUGUGCAGGCGUAUCUAACCGCACUGUUCACAUAUUUCCAAGCCAUAGUGGCCUCCGAACAAGACAGUGGAAUUUUACACCAUUCAGUAGAAGACUGGCCCAUUAUUUUCUCGUCAAUAGUGAUGCCUGAGGACCAAUUACACUCACUUCUUCGCAAUGCACCAGCCUCAUUAAGCCACUUGGCAGUUGUCCAACUCCCACACCAAUCAACAGACAUCGCAUACCUCGGUCUUCCAGAUGGCGCAUGCGUGAUAUCCGCUAAUAAGUGCGUGGGAUUUGGUGCGACAGGUACUCAAGAAGAGCUUCAAGUGGGUAUUUCCCCCGAGGCGUACCCAGUGACACUGCUAGCGCCCCCUCUGAAGGACCGCCAGGUCCUCAUCUGCCAAGGUGUCGAAGCAAUGGUUACUACUAAAGGACAUGGGAGAUGGGCCUCCUUGGACGAAAUAUUGCAUGGUAGACCAAGACCAUCGUCAGCUGACUGGCGCAACCGGGUCAUGCUAUUCAUGGAUGCCCUGGAAUUGGACCUUGUUGACAGCACUCAUCCACAUGGUGGAGAGAACAUUCCGGACCUCAUGCCAGGCUAUCUACAUCGGGAGUUGGUGAAGGCCUACACCGCGUUCAGCUCACAUUGUUACAGGAAUAUCCAGAAACGAUAUUCCUUUGUUACUACCGGACUUUGGGGCUGCGGGGCCUUUGGGGGAAAUAAACGGGUUAAAGCGAUGAUCCAGUGGUACGCCGCAUCCAUGGCAAAUGUACCAGAGCUUCGAUAUGUCCUAGGUGGCGCAGAGCAGAAAGAAUUUGGAGAUGAGCUCAAAAGGUUCGUCGGCUGGGUGGCAGAGCACACUGGGAGAGAACUGGAGCCACGGAAGCUCUUUGAUGUGCUUGUCCGUCUGGGUACAGACAUCCAGAAUGGGGAGUCCGCUGUUCCCAAGCCAGAUGAGAUUUUCGAAUAUGUUUUGAAAAGCCUGUAG